AUGAAAAGCAGUGGAUUCAAAUGGGCUGUGCGCCAUGGUGACCUUCUGAUAAUCAAACAGCUGUUGGAUUAUGGGGGAGAUAUCACCUCCUUAGAAUCUGGUUAUCCACUACUCCUGGCUAUUAAAAAGGGAGACGUCGAGGUUCUGAAAUUUCUGUUAACAAACGCUUCAAAAAAUUAUAUGAAAAGAGCACUUGCACAACCAAUUGAUGCUAAGAAAACUACAGUACUGCAUUGGGCAAUCUCUCUUGCUGAUGUGCCAUGUGUCAAGGUAUUACUAGAAGAAAGUGUUGAUGUUGGUAUCACAAAUCAGGAUCUUUACCGCCCGCUAGAUUAUUUAUUCAAAAGAACGCGAACAGGACUUUUUGAUCACUAUGCAGAGAUUAUUAGGCUCUUUCUUGAUAUACAUCCCGCUGAGGUUUUCAAGCCCCUGCAUGGUGAGAGUCCAUGGGAUCACCCGGGAAGAAAAACUCCUUUGAUCUUAGCAGUAAGGCAAAGGUCUCUAAAGCUCGUGAAUAUUAUUAUCAAGGCCAGUCUUCUACUUAACAAGUAUCGAACUAGCGAAUUUAUCAAUGAGGAUGGGGGAUAUGGAGCGGCUGCUCUUUCUUUUGUCUGCGAUGCAUCUAAAUGGCCUUGUGAUCAAAAUGGACGGGACCAGGUUCUUGCUAUUGCCAAAACGUUGUUGCUACAUGGGGCUGAUGUCAAUAAAGAAAUAAGCAGUAACGGGCAACGAAUUUACUUGCCUAUAUACAGGAGUUGUUUCAGGCCACCUUCAAUUGAUCAUCCUCGCCAAAUAUUGAACACGAUUAGACUUCAGCAUGAUAUAAUCUCUUUGCUGAUCGACAAUGGUGCCGAUGUGAAAAUACGAGAAAACUUCCAAGGAUCCUCUGAUUACCGCUUUCCGUGUAUAAGGUUUCUGGAUACUACCGAGUAUUACAGUAUUUAUGUAUUAGAUUCUGGGAAGCUUUAUCUAGAACCUGAGGACAUUUUGCAAGAUACCCAUACAACAUUGAGGUUUGAAGAGGAUGCACCUAAUACCAUGUCUCCAUCUUAUACCUUAAACGCAUGGAGUGGCGAACUAGAAUCCGAAGAAGAGGAAAAAGAGGAAAUAUUGCGUCUCUUACAAGCGACGUUUAAAAAGCUUUUGAAAAAUAUGGAAGUCAAUGAUUUUAGCAGAUAUUGUGGAGGAAACGAAAUCACAUUACUACAUCGGGCAAGUGUUAUUCCUGGUAUUUUUGGCGUCCAUGCCACCCAAAUAUUGUUAGAGAAGGGUGCCAAAAUACAUGAACAGGAUACAUAUUCCAGAACACCGCUCGAGCAUGCGGUUGAGAAAAACAUGAAUACAAUUUCUAUUCCUUGUUACGAUGCUGGCAGAGAGAGCAAAAGCGGAUGA